GAGGUUAAUUUAAUGAAUAAACAAUUCGCCGAUUGCCUUGAAAGUAAUACUCUGUGCUUAAACGCCUUUACCUAACAACCAUUUUUCAACUCAUUGGUUAAGGCUUACGAUAAAACCUUUAUUGGUGGUUAAUCAUCACAGAGAAAUUGGUUUGAAUAUAACAUUUCUCAUUAAAUUAUAUUGACUUCCAAGUGAGUAAAGGUGUGAACAAUCAGAUUAAAAGGGGUUAAAUUUCAACUAUCAGAUUUAGGAUUUGAUGGAAAGGUAAAAAUUUAAAGAGAUAAAGAAAAACAAAAAAGGUUAUUCUUAAUUAACUAACCACCCGUCAAUUUUUAUUCAAAUUAUUGCGAAUACAAAAGUCCUUCUCAAGUUAAACAGUUGAUUAAGGUGCCAAACGAUCGUCUCAUUACCGGCUUAAUCGAUUAAAUUGAGGUAAAAAUAUAAUUAGCUAAGGUAAAUGAGAAACAAAUAUUCAUAUAAAAGAUAGGAUUAUAUCAGAAACACUGACCAGUUGAUUAUUCAUUUCUACUUAAUAAACGUUUUUCUUAUUUUUCGUUUUCUUUUUAUCCAAUUGACCGUUGAUUUUGGCUUCUAUUUUCUGUGUUUUCUGAUUAUCAACAACUUAAAAUGGUGGUAACAAUUCAAAUGUUUACCGUUUUGGUUGUGACAUUAGUUUACUUGGCCUGUCCAUCAGAGUCUUUUGUGUCCAUUAAAUCACUUCCACCGUCAACAACAACAACCUCGCCACCAACCAAUAAGUUACUGUUAAAUAAGGAUUAUAAUUUUAGUCCAGAUUAUUCCCAAUUGAAAGGCAGCCAACCUGAUAAGUUGAAUUUAACUGAUGACAAGCGGAAUCCGUUUAACCUUCGCAAGUCUCUUACUGGACCUAAAUCAGGAAAAUACCGAGAAGUGGAAGAAGUAACUCCUUCUAAUGAAAUUGACGAGGAAGCAAGAGAACCAGAGAUAUUUAGACAACCAAAAGAAGUAAGAGACCCAAAGAUACCGGAAAUUGAACCAGAGAGUGGACCAAUAGAUCCAAACACACCUGGCUAUGCUGGUCCUCCACCCUCGGGCCCUCCUCCAGCUCAGCCCUCUUUGCCAGUCCCUCCAAGUAGCGAGUAUCCAGGAAUUGCCUCUAGCCCGGAUUCACCACCCCAAACAUUUCCAACCAACUUGUUUCCGGCUCAACGUCCAAAUACCGUUCCUUCACUUCCACCUCCUGAAUCUGAUAAUGAGCAACCAUCACCCUAUUAUCCUCCAACUGUUCAAACUCCACCUCAACUUUAUCCCAACAAUUUUUAUGCUUCACCUUCACCUCCAACAGCUGAGAUUCCUAUUCCUCCACCUCCACCCCCACCUCAACCACACUUUUCUCCAACAGUUUAUCAGUCUUACUCGCCGCCAGCUUGGUUAACAAACUUUUACACUCAUUCAGUUGACUAUUAUUCCAACUAUCCGUACAGUGGAGGUCUUGUCUCAUCCUAUUCACCUUUGGAAGCUACACUUAAGCACACGAUCGAUCCAUCAUACUUAAUUCAACAAACAAUUUCCCCAAUCGAGAGAUCUCAAUUUACUUCAGUAGCUCCGUACAUAGCAUCACCAAGCGUCACUACAAUUCACUCUCAUGCCAAUCCAUUGUACUAUUCAAACACGGAUGAAACGCGUCAAGUCCAGGGUAACCAAGAACAACAAUUUUAUGCCAAUCAACCGACACAAAUAUAUGUAACCACAAACAACAACGAAUCAACAACCAAGGAAACAAAUGAGCAGCAAAUUCCUGUUACUAAAUCAGAUGAUGAAAAAUCAAAAGAAUCAUUUGAGACAACCAGAAAUGCUAAAGAUAUUUAACUCGAGAAAUCAACUUCAUCAUAACCUGAGUCAUAUGCUUGUCACUCCUUUUAAACUAAUCAACUAAUAAUUAUAUCAACAUAUUAUCUUAGGUUAUAAUCGGAGUAAAAAGAGCUGAAUAACAAAAUCUAACAAAAUUGCAAUCUGGUUUGAUGAAUUAUGAAAUCUUGAAGACGUACCGAUUAAAUCGCGAUCAAGAUUACUCUCACACAAGCAACACGUUCGUACCAAAUGUCAGUGAUUUAUUAUGAUUCAACUUUCCAAUUACCGUUUAAAUAGAUUUUAAUCGCGGGAUCAAUAAUAUCAUAAAUUUGUUUACGAUUUUUAAAAAUGUUUACAAUUGUGGUUAAAAUUGAAGGAAAAUUCACCGACAUUAUUAUUGAUUGAUUGGAAAAAUUUCUAUUCUUUCAUGUAAAGUUGUUAACUAAUAAUCUAAUAAAAAACUAGAGUCU